AUGAGCGAACUAGAAACGCUGCUGCUGGACAUCGACGACCACGGGAUCGCACGGGUAACGCUUAACCGCCCCGAGGCCCGCAAUGCCAUGUCGCAGGAGCUGAUUGAAGAACUACGCGACGUCGCCGGCAAACUGGCCAAAGACGACGCGGUGCGAUGUAUCGUGCUCUCAGGCAGUGGUGAAAUCUUUUGCGCCGGUGGUGACCUCAAGGGCAUGGCGGUGCAAGCCGCAGCGACGCGAGAGGACCGCAUCCGAGACGCGACGGCGCUGGCCAGACUACUGGGCGAACUGAACACGUUGCCCAAACCGAUCAUCGGUCGAAUCAAUGGCCCGGCCUUCGGUGGAGGGCUAGGGUUGAUCUCCAUCUGCGAUAUCGCCAUCGGGCUUACCACUUCCAAGUUCUGCCUGACCGAGGUCCGUUUGGGCCUGCUACCGGCGACCAUCUCGCCCUAUGUCGUCGCCCGCCUAGGCACACGAAACGCCCGUCGUGUGAUGCUGAAUGCUACGGAAAUGGAUGGAACAACAGCCGUGCAAAUGGGGCUGCUAGACAGGGCAGUGGAGCCGGAGCAACUCGAUGCGGCCAUCGAUCAGGAAAUUGCGGCCCUCUUGCGUUGUGCCCCCAGUGCUGUGGCGGCCUCCAAACGGCUGAUCCAAUACGUCAGCACCCACGACGUGGAAGCCAACGUUGAAUACACGGCCGCCGCAUUGGCCGACGCCUGGGAAUCGCCUGAGAUCCAAGAAGGCAUCGACAGCUUCAUGAACAAGCGGAAGCCGAAGUGGUUCUCAGCCUAUCCGUCGUAG